AUGAGGCACGUGGGCCGUGAUCACGUGACGCAGCGGCAGAUUGCUGGAUGUUUCUCCGCCCAGUGUCUGGUCUCUCUCUCUCUCAUCAACAAAGCUGCUCUGUGGAAGGAGAGACCCUCACACACUGCCCCUUCUCUUCAGUUCACCAAAGCGCAAGGACUAAAGAAGAGGAGACAACCUGCAACAAACAAAAAUUUAAAAAAAAACCAGGAAAAGAAGCUUCUGACAGGAAUGGCUUCUGACCCGUCGUCACCCGCUGUGGAGGAGGGAGUUGAGGAUGAGGAGGAUGACGUGGAUGUGAACCUGGAAGAGGCAGAGAAUGGGACUACUGGGAAAAUGCACAGUCCCCGGGGAACUUUGCUCACUCGUCGUGGGAUUACACUGCGCGUGCUUCUCAAAGACCGAGUCAUCCAGCCAGGAGAAGGCCUGCUCACCAUUCACUAUUUAGGGAAGACGUUUGUGGGGGACCUGUUGCCUGACGGGAAGAUCCGAUGGCAAGAAACCAGCCAGAUUUUCAACUCUCCCAGCGCAUGGGCCACGCACUGCAAAAAGCUCGUCAACCCAGCCAAGAAAUCUGGCUGUGGCUGGGCCUCUGUGAAGUACAAGGGACAAAAACUGGAUCAGUACAAGACCAUGUGGCUAAGGAAGCAGCAGCCGCCACUGCAGGCUGUGGAAAUGAAUUUGGCCAGUGAGGAAGAUGACGAAAUUCCUGAAGAGGAAGACUUUGAAAAUCAUAGCAAAAAGAUCCCUAAAUCAGAUAAUCAGGUCAAGAAAGUGGAAGAGAAAAGCAAGAAACUACAAGCUAAAAGCUCUCAAGACUGUAGCCUGAUGGACAAUGGACACAGCAUAAUAAAAGCUCGUAACAAAGACCUUGGCCCAGUUCAGUACUCUGUGAUCGGGAGCAGAGACCCAGGAAGGGAUCCUCAUACGCUUGUUGAACUGACAUCAUUCACCUCUGUGAAUAAAUUUCAGCCCUUUAACGUUGCCAUAUCAAGCAAUGUGCUGCUUCUAGUAGAUUUUCAUUGCCACCUGACCACCAGUGAGGUAGUGGGCUACCUCGGAGGGAGGUGGGACACAAGCACACAGUUGCUGACAAUUCUCCGAGCUUUUCCAUGUCGAAUACGACUUUCUGACAAGGACUCUGCCUCUGCAGUCGAAGAAGAGAUUUGCCAGAACCUGUUCCUGCGGGGCUUGUCUUUAGUAGGUUGGUAUCACAGCCACCCGUACACGCCUGCCCUACCCUCUUUGCAAGACAUCGAUUCUCAGAUGGAAUAUCAACUGAAACUACAGGGAACCACCAAUAGUUUCCAGCCCUGUCUAGCACUUAUCUGUGGGCCCUAUCAUCAAGGAAGCACCGACUUGGAGUCGAAAAUCGCUCCAUUUUGGGUUCUACCACCCCCAGAGCAAAAGCCCAACGAUUAUGGCAUUCCCAUGGAAGUGGAGAUGACCUAUGUGCAGGAUACGUUUCUAACCUCUGAUGUCCUACAUGAAAUGAUGCUUUUGUUGGAAUAUUACAAAACAGCUCCAGACAUUGUGAAGUUCAAAGACAAAUGGAAUGAGGAGACAACAUAUUUGGAGAAAGUUAAAGGAUCCCUGGCCAAUAAAACACCAAAGGACCAAACCUUUGUCAAAGUUCUGGAACACAUUUAUAACCAGCUGAGCGCCUGCAGUUAGUUAACUUCGUUUGGAUUCUUAGCAGCUGUGAAAUGGAAUAAAGCUGGAAAAAAAAGGAACUGAGGAAGGUGAAUGUGGAAAUUAUGCAGAAGAGAUCAGGGUUGAAUUGGAAUGUGAUUGUUCAGUGUUUACUGUUAUUGAAUAGUUUGUGUUAGAGACAAACAAAUUUGCCUCAAAAUGGUUGAAUGUUGACACCAGUUUCAGUUUGUAGACUGUGUUGGUAUCUAGUUUCACAAUAGAAUGACAAUUCGAAUGCAAAAUGUUAAAUAUGAAGAUGUUCAGAGACACUACAUUUAAGUAAUGAACUGAAGAAUGUUUUGUGAAUGAUUUUGUAAAAGCUCACUUCCAUGAUAUCUGUCUGUGUUGUGUACCUUCACCAGCUUUCAGGAUGAGCUGGAAUCCUGUUAGUGAGUCCAACAAAAAAGACUAGAUCCCUAGUUGGAAGCCUGUCGUGGGACUGUGGAAAUGAGGAAAUAGUUAAAAAGAAAAUUACAAAGCUGUAGGGUAUAUCCAAACAGCUUUUGUCACUGAGCGUACAUGUGACAGUAUGGCUGCGAAACCUGAAGGGAUUCUACUUUCUUAGUAAAAAAAAUUGUUUGGUAGAAAGUUAGGCACCUACACAGGUUCAACUCGAGAUGCAUUGGUUUGACACUGAGAGUAGCUAGUGGAGAGUCUCACUACUUUCUGUCCCUAUGCACAGGAAGUGAAGAAAUUACAAGUACCACCAGCAAUCUUGUGUUGCUGAGAACCCCAACAUCUGUGAUUUGCCUUGGAGAUUGGAAGCUUUCUAACUCCGCCUGGUCUCAUUUAAUUAUUUGUACUUUCUCCAGUACAAAUUGAAAUCUGCUUAAAGUGCAUUCAUUCAUAAAUACACCUAGAGAAGAAAUGAAUUUAGAUCUUGCCCCCAUUUUCCUUUUGAUGCUUUACAGACAGGUUGUGUCUUGUUGAUUAGGGUUCACACUCCUUGGCUAGCCAGUUGAGCACUGCUGGCAGUAGAAAGUUAACAUUACUCCCUCUCCUUCUACUGCCCAGUGACUUUUGUUUUUGCUUGGGAAAAGGAAGAGUGUCAUUUUGCUGGGACUAUCCCAUUAGGCACAGAGGAAAAGGCUCCAUUAAAACUACAGAACCAAUUUUCCCAUGUGCAGCUGCGAUGAGUGGUGGGUUUCAAAUCAGGAGAUCACAGUACAGGGAAUUUGAGGUACAUACCUAUGUAUUAUCAGUAUUGACAUAUUCCCAACAAGACUCUCUUUAGGCCAGGUGCAGUUAGUGAAAGAAGAUUCACAUCUGAAAAGCUGGGAUCCAUGCUCUUGCCUUUCUUAUAGUUGCUCAAAAUGUAAUUACAGUAGUUCUACACUCAAGAUGACUGUGUUUUAGUGAGCCAGGUACUGGUGUUAUAGGACAUUCAGGUCUUUUCUGUCGGGGGCCAUUAGGUGCUUUUUAUAUAAGAAAAAUUAAUAGAAGGUGCUUUAUAAAAUGUAAAUACCUCAUGUACAAUAGGGAAGAAAAUGUGCAAGUUUUGCAAAUAUUCAGCAAGUUCUGUUUACUGGUAAACAAAACACUAGCCUGUCAGCUUUUGAAUUUCAAAUCUCUAGUUGGUAUUAACAGAUUGCUGUCAUCUGUUGGUUGGAUUGAUAUGCCAGUGUGUGUUCCAGAGACGAAAAAAAACCAGGCUGUGUUGCUGAUCUUACCUAGGAUCGCAAUAAAUUGGUCUCCUCACAGCUUGAAGUCUGGCUUGUGUGUGUGAUAGAGAGCACUAUUUAAUAAAAUUGCACGGGCAUUCACUGUCACUUAGAUAAGGCAUAAGGUGGUUCCUGGCACAGGAUCAAUGUUUUCCACUGGGUUGAGAUGGGAGAGGCAAUGUCUGUCUGGAACCAAAUAGUUAAAACAGCCCUGUUGCAUCUAAAAUGGUCGCGACCUCCGAUAUUACCACAGUCAUUCUAAGACAACUUUUUGAACCAGUUCACAGUCUUCACACUGCAACACAUUCUUUUACGCUCAUUUCAUGAACAUACUGCAGUCCACCUGUUUAAAUUGUGCUGUCAUUAAUCUUCAUGAAUCAUGACCACACCCCUAAUGAUAUUCCUCAAAAAGCUAUUAAAACCUGGCCCAUAAUGGCUGUUGCAAAGUGUUAGUAUCCCUAUCUCUGGACCAACCCCUACUCAUUACAUACCAGCCAUGAGGUGCAUUACGCAAAGGUGCAGGUUUGUGCAUUCCCACAGAAAAUAACCAUAAAUUCCAAAGCCAUAAUGUCUGAUGACCGUAUAAGCUGACCACUAGAUGACACUGCUGCCUUUGGUUCUGUUCUCCUGUGGUUGCAGUUUCAUCAGAGGGGGUGAAAGGAAACAAAUUUGCCUGUUCUUCAGCAUAUACGGUAUCACUGUUAUAUUAUACUGUUCAGAGGGCUGGCUUCUAAACUUAAGGCUUGCAGCUAGCAAGUAAAUAAAUAACCAGUGCCAUUGUUGUACCUAGCUAAGCGAGGGUGGGUUAAACAUGCAAUCUUCCUAGAGCAGCAAUGCAGGUUUUAAAGGCUGGUCUUCAUAGACAUUCCCUUGGUGCUGGGAAGAGGUUGGCAGAUUUUCAUGAGCAGAUUCAGGGUGCCAGUUGUUUUCGUAAUAUAUUUGAUGUUUACUUUUGGACACAACCCACUUUCUUGGAGCAGCUCCUUGGGGAAUCAAUGGGAAAGAUAGUCCUCCAUCUGAGUGAAACUACCUGAAACUGCCUCACCUAUUGAGUCAGGUUUCCAACCAUUAACCUGCAAAUGCUUAAUACAGUAUUAUUGAAAUUCCUUUUGAGCUAUCUUAACACAGGGAAGUUAACUGGCUAGCACCCAUGGUUUAAAAAAAAAAAUAGUACAAGCAAGUUUACACAGAAACAACACCCUUAUGGAUGAAGUCGCCCUGAAAGCCUUCUACAGAAACAGAUUUAUUCCAUGUGUCACUAUUGUGAUUAUUGAUUGUAUUGGAAGCAAUGAAACUAGUGAUGGAUUCAAAGCUUUAAAUCUUUCAAUAAUACGAGACGUUUGCUAGAAUUUCCUCAAAAGGCAAGGUUUUGCAUCAGAGUGCACGGUGAGAAAUUUACCCACUUGUAUGAUGUCUGUAAUUUCAAAACUUCACAUUUUCCCUCAGUAGCAGUAGACAAAGCCCUAACAAUUGGUCUGGCACUGCUAAAAAUGGCACGUGAUGCUUGAAAGUUGCAGGAAUGUAUUUAGGGAAGAGAAAGAAGCUCAUUUUCAAUCUACAGAGAGAAUGCUGCAUCAAGAGAAAAUAACUUAAUUUGAUUUUGGUAAUCACACCUUUCGACAAAAGUAUUAGAAGCCACUUUGGUUGGCUUGACAUGUUGAGAACAAAUAGCCUCUGCUCAAGAUGGCACAGCAGUUGCACUUUUUGACUUUAAGUGGGGAUGGGGGUUGUUGCGGGGGAGCGGGUGGUGAUCUUUACUUUAGCAGCAGAACAAUAUGAUUUAUAUGGUGUAAUACACCUUUUCUUAGUGUGAAGGACAAAAUGUGGGAUUUUGUCAGUUACUUAAAAGACUUUGCACCCUCCCAUCUACUAUACGUUACCAAAUCAGAGGUACAGCUCAGAUUUUCAUUCUUUAUCAACUUUGGUUAAUACAUCAACUUACAGCCACUUUUCAGGCACUGCAGGAACAUAACAUUCACUUAAAAAGUGGCUGUUGGAAUUCUAAUCUAUCUGCAUUGUAUGUUGUGACUACAUAUGUCCAUGAUCAUUAGUGAUUAUAUUUUUAUAUGUUUUUUUUAUUGUAGCACUUUAGAGAAGUGUCACCAAUUUGUAGGGGAGAAAUGGUUUUAUUUGUCAAUCACUACAACUAUCUGUAUCAUGCAAAACAGGUAUUUUUGAGUUUGAUUCAGUUAUAUAUUAAGAAUUAAUAGACUUUAGCCAGGUGGGGAAAUGGAUAUAAAAGGCUCUGAACAAGGGGGAGGACAAUCCAGUUAGGGUUUCCACUCCGUAACCUAACCCAUAUUAGAAUGUUUGUUUGGCAGGCAAUCCUAUGCAUGAGCAAUUGUCCUGCCACACUCGAGUUAGGGAAAAAUGAUAAUAAUUAAGGUUAGGAACUGGAGUAAAUACAGGGUUUUGUGGAGUGAGAAAGGGAAAACAUUUCCAGAAAAAAAAAACCUUCAUGUUCAACUCUCAUUAGAUUUAUCUCCAACGUUCAUUGUGUUGAAUGUGACUCCCGGUGCAGUCUCAAAAGUUAAUUAGAACAGAUGUACAAGCAUGUUGGGCUUGCUUUUCUUAUCAAAAAUAUUAAAAUCAGUUGUGUUAAGUAGAAAAAUUAAACUUAAUUUAUCAAUUUUAUUUUCUUCCUGGAACUUAUGGUGUAAGUUGUGGACUGCCACUUGGGACACUCAGGUUUUCAUUUUGUCUGUUUCUUACCCCAGCUGUGCCUGACCCUUAGUAUUAACAAUAUAAUUAAACUCUCCAAGUUUCAAGUUAUUCCUUAAUUGGUCCCAAAAGAACAUAGAUGAGAAAUAAAAUAUCAAAACAGCUAGCUGAGUGAACUUUGAGUGAUGAGUCAGUAGUUGUUCACCAGAUAGUAAAUUGGAAGAUGAGAUGUCUUUAUCAGAUACAUGACAUUUAUAACAUGCAAGCAAGAGUCUCUACAGUCCAGACUGAUGCCAGAGCAGACAUUUAACUGAAACUGGCCAUAAGAGCUCCCUGUGAAAUAUGGUUAGAGUAGUCAAUGUGUUUGACCCUAGUGCUCAGAGCAAUCCUUAAUGAAGCACAAAUCAAGUGCGCUCAUUCAGAGGUCACAGAAAGCUGAUUUUUAAAAUGGUGCACAUUUAUAAGGUGUUGGAUUUGGAACACUUGGAGAAAAGGGCUUUGAGUCUAAUUAUCCUUGGAGUUAUUAAUGCUGAAACUUAAGUCCUCCCAGCACCAGGCUCACUCACCGGAGUACAGAAGAAGUAGUUAUAAAGGUUGUGGCUUAGGACUUGGUGCAUCAUAUCCACUAUUGCACUGCACAGCGUCUUAGAGGAGGAUCAGGGCUUUAAAACCUCAUAUUUUCAAGUCAUGGCAGAAACAGGAUUGUGGCUUCUUGAUACUAAAUAGACCAAGUGAAUUUAAUGUAAAAGUGCUGUAAAUAUUCAAACUGUUUUAAAGAAUUGCAAUUAUGUUGAAAACCCAGAUGUAGACACUUUUUAAAUCUCAAAAUAUAAUUUUUAAGUUUUAGUUUUCA